GUUCUGCUGUAAGAAGCAAAGGAAAACAUCAGAGUGGCUGUGUGAAGUUGCAGGUGUCUCUGAACUGAGAGUGAAAAAGAAAAGUUACUGGGAAAGCUAAUAAGAUGUCAUCUCUACCAAGGAGGGUGAAAUCUGAAGCCAAACCACUUAUAUCAGAAGAUGAUGAAUUAUCUUCAUUUCUUAAUUCGAGCUCUGAAUCAGAGGAGGAAGAGGAAGAAUGGGAGCCAAAAAGCAAAAUUGCCAAGAAGCCUCGGUUGCCAAAGAAACAUGAGCCAAAACCUAAGAAAGCUGCUGUUCCAAAGUCAACUGUGGCCAGGAAUAAGGUCAAGAAGAUGGCAAUAAAAGAGGAAUUGGAUGUAUCCUUGCCUAUUGCUCCUCCAGAAGUUAGUGGAGGUGGAGCGCAACUUUCGAAGCUUAAGGAAGAAGAUGUAGGCACUAAUCUCAAAACUUUAAAUAAAAAAUCAGAAGCGCCUAAAACACAAUUAAAAUCAUUCCAAGGGAAGAAUUUAAACAACCUAGAGAGUGAUGAAAAACCCUCAACAAGUGUUCCUGUGGUGGAAAAGCAAGUGAAACAUGAACAACUUGAGGAAGAUUUUACAUUUGAUGAACCACCUUCUAAAAAGAUAAAGUCAGCUGCAUGUCCCGAAGGAAAGCCAGUGAAACAUGCAGGAGGCAACAGAGUAAAAGAAGAAUUUGAAAUGAACUGGGACAUUGUACAGGCCUUGUCAGAAAGGACAAGCGCUGAACCGUGGGUGUGUGCAAACUUAAUUCGCCUCUUUCAAGAAGAAAACACGAUUCCUUUUAUCGCUCGUUAUCGAAAAGAGCUUAUCAAUAACCUGGAGGCUGAUGCCUUGAGAGAAAUACAGCAGACACUGGAAGAGCUACGUACUGUUGCAAAGAAGACACAUGGAGUGAUGCAAAAGCUAAAGAAAGAAGGAAAACUAUCAGGAGGACUGUCAACAGCAUUACUAAACUGCAGGACUUUGGAAGAAUUAGACCACGUGUCUGCACCUUAUAAAACUGGAAGUAAAGGCACGAAAGCCCAGAGAGCAAAGCAGCUGGGAUUAGAACCUGCUGCUCUCUCUCUCCUGCAGAAUCCUGUGGAACUCAAUCUCUUUUCUUACAUUAAGCCCAAUAUCAAAGGACUUUCAACCAUCCAGGAAGUAGAAGCUGGAGUACAACAUAUUUUAGCUGACAUGUUUGCAAAGGAUAAAGAUACACUGGAUUUCAUCAGGAAAUUAUGUCAGAAAAGAUACAUCUGUAUCCAGUCAGCCUUGGCAAAGGCAUCCUCCAAAAAUAUAAAUGAGAAAGAUAUCGAUAAAUUCCAACUAUACCAUGAGUUUUCUUGUAGUAUAAAGAGCAUUCAGCAUCAUCAGAUUCUGGCCAUUAACCGAGGGGAAAAUCUGAAGAUCCUGACAGUGAAGGUCAACAUUCCUGACGGGGUGAAGAAUGAAUUCCAUUGGUGGUGUGUCAAUGAAAGAUGGAGACCAAAACAAUUUGCAAAACCAGAGUUAAUGAGGAUACUACAGAAUUCAGUAGAGGAUGCAUAUAAGCGCCUUAUAUAUCCUCUCCUCUGUAGAGAAUUCAGAUCAAAGUUAACAUCUGAUGCAGAGAAAGAGUCUGUGAUGAUGUUUGGAAGAAAUCUUCGGCAGUUGCUUCUGACCAGCCCUGUCAGGGGUCGUACUUUGAUGGGAGUAGAUCCUGGCUACAAACAUGGCUGCAAGUUGGCUAUUAUUUCACCAACCAGUCAGAUACUCCAUACUGAUGUCGUUUACUUGCAUUCUGGUCAAGGAUUUCGGGAAGCUGAGAAGAUAAAGAGGCAUCUUUUACAGUACAACUGUAGCACUGUUGUGAUUGGCAAUGGCACAGCCUGCAGAGAAACAGAAGCUUACUUUGCUGACUUAAUUAUGAAGAAAUAUUUUGCACCGCUGGAUGUCGUUUACUGCAUUGUCAGUGAAGCAGGCGCAUCUAUCUACAGUGUUAGUCCAGAAGCAUCGAAGGAAAUGCCAGACCUAGAUCCUAAUCUAAGAAGUGCAG